AUGCCCGACAAGCGCCAGCAGCCUGAUUCACCUCCUACCGCCUCGCAACGCCAGCCAAAAAGGAGAAAGUCAAACGCGUCUGCACCUGCGUAUUGGGAUGGUCUGUCGAAAAUUUGGUUAACCAAAAACGCAUUAAGAGAAUUGGAUCGAAGAAACGUCUAUUCCCAAUUGCCUCAGAACCACAGACCUGUUACUCGACUCUUCCAAGCCACAACAAAGACUGAAUUGUUUCAGUUUGCUCCUGAAUUCAUCCGUGCUUGCCCGCUCAAUUGUCGAAGGCGAUUAAAGAGUAUGCCCUGUCCCCAAAGAAGGAAGCGUCAUGCAGAAUCUCUUCUAUUGUCAAUCUCUAAAGGCAAGAGAACAACAGCAGAAACUUCAACCGCUUCGGCCUAUAGUCAGAACUUUCAACAAAAUUUAAUUGAUCAUGGAAUUUAUCUGGAUGACUAUGAAUUUCCCAAUGGCAAUGUUCCUUCUCAGCCAAAUAAUUUUGAUGAGAUAGUUGAAAGAUUGGCUCGACUGCAACCUUCUCUUUCACCAUCAAAAUUCUCUGAUGAGGAUUUCAAAAAGUUCAAGCGGGCAAAUACAAAUGCAUCUAAGGAGAGACUGGUCACAACUUCAGUUAUUCCAAUCAUUGAGGGUGAAAUCAGCAAUUCUAACUGUGUUGGGGGUGAUUACCCAUUCCAAAAUCUUGCUCCCUUGACUGAUGGCAUGCUAGCUUCAGCCAAACCUGAUCACUUCUAUGGUGCUCGCCCCGAACAACUCAAUCACCAAAUCCGCAAUCAUCUUAGUCACCAUAUUAUUCCGUCAACCCAAGAUGAUCUUCCAAUCGUGCCAAACUUCUUUUUAGAGGCGAAAGGCCCUGACGGUUCUCUCGCCAUAGCUACACGGCAGGCAUGUUAUAAUGGUGCACUGGGUGCCCGGGGUAUGCAUUCUCUACAAUCCUACCAGCAAGAUGGACCGAUCUACGAUAACAAUGCGUACACUCUUACAUCGACUUACCAUGGUGGUCAACUAAAGAUGUACACUACCCAUAUCACGCGGCCUAAAGACGGCGAGACUCAUCCCGAGUAUAUCAUGACCCAACUCAAUACAUGGGCCAUGACCGGCAACCGAGAGGCCUUUCAGCAAGGCGUAUCUGCAUACCAGAAUGCUCGAGAUUGGGCAAAGGAAACCAGAGACAAAUUCAUUCGAGCAGCAAAUGAGAGGCUCUCCCUGGCAUGCUCCCAAGAUUCUUUCUCCCGGCAGCAGCUGCUUUCUGAGUUGACGCCUGUCCUGGAUGAUUCUGAUGGGCCAACUGAAUCUGGCGAGUAUCAAGAUGCUCAACGGAGUUUCGCCAUCCCAGUUGAACGCGGAGAAGAAGAUCACAGGAAGCUUAGAAGGCCGAGGAUCCGUGCGAGCGAGUCUCUUGCUACGACCGGCGACGUCGUCAGCCAUACAACUAGCGAUAAAGCCCCUAGACUCCAAAACUGA